UUGAGGUCGGGCUUUUGUAUAGUAACGGACAACAACUAGGGGCAAAGGCAAAGUUAUUAGAGCUCAACAAUGCUUUAAACGAAUUGUCCAUAAAUAAUAUAUAUAUAUAAACCGAGGACUAUGUUGGUCGCCAGACGAUUAGUAUCAACAUUUAUUCAGAGGGGAAAUAAUUCCGGUCCAUCUGGUUUGUUCAGCCGUCCUCAUGGAGCCUUCCCUGAACUUGAACCCCGGUAUCUUCAAUGCACGUGUUGCUGGAGAAGUCGCGUCCCCGUAGCAGGGUUCGAGACCCUGAACGCGAACCUCAUCCCCACUGCACCGUGUACAGAUGACCUAUCGCUGGACACCUGCUUUACUGCAGACCAGAGGGAGGUCAUCCUCCGGACCCUGAACAAUGCUACAGAGCUAGAGCUGGCAGGUGUCAAGCUCUUGCGAGGACGCAAGUCGGUCAACAUUGUGGAUUACAGGACCAAAAAUGGACCUUUCAGAAGUCUCGAGAGCGUGGUGAAUGUGCCCCUGCUGAAGCACAAGAGUGCCCUCGUAGUUUUUAACUCUAUUCUCAAUCCGCUCAAGAAAGAGAAGAAGGUUAAGGUUCAAUUGAUGAAGUUUAUCAAACCUGAGGUGGACAGAGCCUGGCUUGAGGAAGCCACUUCAAUAGUGUCAAUAAUAUGUGGGACUAACAAAGUUGCCUGGGCCCAUGUGGACAGAGGGAUGAUGGUGCUGGACUGGCAACAACUGGACUGUCCUAACUUUUUAAAGGGGACCUACAUUGCUUCAUCUUACUUAAAUGAUAUCUCUAAUGUUGUGUCACAGCUGCCCCCAGCAGACUUCUACUUGGUGGAGAAGCCCUCUAUCUCCCUACAGAACACAACUCUGUUCCCCAUCAUGGCCCACAUGCGCUCAGUGGAGGCCAUGCUGUUUGCACUGCUGGAGCCCAAAAUCUACCAGACAGACUCAAACACACCUCCCAGGGUCCUGAACAUGAUGCGUCUGGCCGUGGGCCGCCACUUCGGCCUGAUGGUUGGGGAGUCGCGGACCAGCGGCGCCCAGGCCGUGCGUCAGAUGAUGACCGAUUCGGUGACGCAGAAGCUGCCGCGGCUUAACUUCCCCCAAGACCUGCUGCUGAAGUACAGGAACGCCUUCCAGAUGGGGCGGGGCAGAGGGGGCGAGGAGCUGUGUGACGCCCUGCUGCAGGCCGUGGCCUUCUACGAGCUGCUCAGUGAGUCGUCUAGGUAGGCCUGGCCCGGCUUGGGUUAGUCCCGGCCUAGUUUGGGCAAGAAGGACAGCUCGUUCACAACCCAACAGCAGGACCAGGUAUCUACCAGGAGAUGGUUGACGUGGUUGCAGGUGUGUUUCAGUAGUUGGUUGAAGACAGGAGCCUUGAAGGAUCACGGUCUUUGAUUCAAGUUUCCCUACUGAAUGAUCAUGAAUUGCUGUGUGAAACCAUGAAACCAACCUUUUCUCUGUAUUUAUAUAUAUUUUUUUACUUUUUCUUUUACUAUGUAAAUUGCAAAGCAGUCUUUUGCUUUUUGAACACAAGCGCUGUUGAACUGUUUGACAUAGUAUUGUGGGAACUUGGUGAUGUGGGAAAUGUGUGGGUUUUGCUUCUUGGUAGGCAUGUUUUGGUAAAAUAAAUAGUGGGCCACUUUCAUUCCUGUGGUCUCUGAACCUCAACACACAAUCUUAUAAGUUCCUGUAUGAAUUAAAUAACAAUAACUGGAACAGAAGUUACAAAAAUAUGGGUUUUAUUUAUACUUGUUUUCCCUUUAAAUGUAUUUACACAGGACAGUUUUUCCCCUCGACUGUAUACAUUGAUGCAUACAUUUCAUGAGACAAUAAAGAAUUAAAUUAAUCAGA